AAGCUAAAUUUGUGGUGGCCACACCCUCAAAAUGGCUGUCACAAUGAGAACUGUAGCACUAACAUGGGUAUUCAUGAUAACUGCUGGAGUGAGCUCUUUCAUUGUUGGAAAGAAAAGAAUAGAUAGACUAAGGAUGGAGAAGAUAAGAUCAGAAGGAGCAAAUCGUCACAGAGUGAAGAAGAACACACCAUUGCACUCAAGCACAUAGCACAGCAAUUUAAUACAGCAACAGCAUAAUGUCAUUUGAUAUAAUAAUAACAGUGAAUAUGAUUUUACUGAAAACAAUUUAAUUUUCAUCUGCUGACGUGUAGCCCCGCCCACCCAUUCUGCAGUUGAUUCUACAACAGGCAAUUCUCACUCUUGCCCGAGCUCUUGCCGUUCGUUUGUCACCGAAACCCGUAACACCAUAAGAUGGCAACAAACAAUUCUGAUGCAACUGUUCAUGUGUCAACUGCAACUGUAUCAAUAGAUCAAUCAGCGAUCGAUCAGUUGUCAUCUCCAAAAGGAUUGUCAUUUCACGAUGUGACGUACGAAGUGCCUCAGCGAAAGUUCUUCAAGAGACUUCCCAAUAAGAUAAUACUGAAAUCUGUGAGUGGCCUGAUGAGUCCUGGCCUUAAUGCUAUAAUGGGGCCUACUGGGAGUGGAAAAACAAGUUUGCUGGAUAUAUUAGCUGGUCGCAAAGGAAAGAAAGGGAUCAGUGGUCAUGUGCUUAUAAAUGGAGAAGCUCAACCAGAAAACUUUAAAUGUAUCAGUGGCUAUGUUGUACAAGACGAUGUUAUUAUGGGGACUUUGACUGUGAAAGAGAACUUGUUUUUCUCGGCCGCUCUCCGUUUGCCCACGUCCAUUCCCUGGUCAGAGAAGAAAGAAAGGGUGGAGAAAGUUAUAAAGCAGCUUGGGCUGACCAACUGUGCCAACACAAAGGUGGGUAAUAAUUUCAUAAGAGGAAUUAGUGGAGGAGAGAGAAAGAGGACUAACAUUGGUAUGGAGCUCAUAAUAGAGCCACAGUUCCUCUUCCUUGAUGAACCAACGACUGGUUUGGAUGCAUAUACUGCUGUAUCAGUUGUUAAACUCUUGAAAAACAUAUGCACUGAUAAUGAUCGUGUGGUGAUAAUGUCUAUACAUCAGCCUCGAUACUCCAUUUUCAAAUUAUUUGAUAGUCUGACACUGUUAUCUCAAGGGGAUCUUGUAUAUUACGGCCCAAAUCAUCAAGCACUUGGUCAUUUCACUAGAAUAGGAUUUGAGUGUGAGGCUCACAAUAAUCCAGCAGACUUUAUGCUAGAUGUCAUUAACCUUUGUGAGGAGAAGCAGGCAGACAUUGAAGAAGGAGGAAAUGAUGAUUCAAAUAACUUAAGAGCUCGUUAUACUUCAUCUCACUUGGGAGAGAGUGCAGCAAAGAAGACACAAGAAUUGCUCCAGCAAUACAGGAAUAAGGAAAAUCAUAAAACUGUCACGUCAUACAAAUACGCUACUAAUGUCCUGUGGCAGCUAAUGGUCAUGAUUGCAAGAUCAACUCUUAACAUUGUUAGAAACCCACGCCUAUCAAUGCUGCAGCUAAUUGUGAUGAUUGUUUUUGGACUGGUUAUUGGUUUGCUCUUCUUCCAAUUAGACACAGGCCCAAAUGGCUUCCAAGACAGAUUAGGAGCAAUAUUCUUUAUGGUAAUGAACCAAAUCUUUAUCAAUAUUAAUGCUGUGGAGCUCUUCAUAUCACAGAAGCCACUGUUCAUUCAUGAGAAUGCUGGAGGAUUCUAUCGUGUUUCUGUCUAUUUCCUAUCAAAGUACACGUGUGACAUUAUCCCAUUGAGGGUAAUACCAUUGAUUGUCUACUCACUCAUUGCUUACUUCAUGAUUGGGUUCCAAGUUGAUGUUGCCAAGUUCUUUAUAUUCUUCUUCACUCUUUUCCUGACAUCUCUGGGUGCUUCUUCUAUUGCUUUUUUCUUUAGUGGCCUAGUUAAUGUCACUAGCAUUGCCAUAUUGCUCAUUGCAAUGUCUUUCAUCAUUCAAAUGUUGUUCAGUGGGUUCUUGAUUGCUCUUGACUCUCUCCCUUCUUGGAUUAGCUGGUGCCAAUAUCUAUCCAUAUUUAGAUAUGCAAUUGAGGCUCUCUCUGUCAAUGAAGCUGAUGGGCUAGUGUUUACUGAGAUGGUUGAUAAUAAUGGUACUAUUAUCGAAGUGUCAAGAGAAGGUUCUGCAUUACUUGAGGUUCGUGGGUUCAAUCCUGACUGGCUGUACUAUGACUGGAUUGGUAUAGCAAUGUACAGUGUUAUUUUUACUACACUGGCCUACAUAGCAUUGAGGCUAAUCAAGAAAGAAAAAUAACUAUAAACAAAGUUAUAAUGAUAGAUUAAUGCCAAGUAUGUUCUAGCAUAAAUAUUUCAGCUGUUAUUGUUAACUAUUA